AUGCGCUAUUCACAUUAUAUAAAUGUCGUACGAUUGCUAAUAUUUCUAAUAACCGGCGCGGCGUUAUUUCUGCUCGUUAAUCAAUGGAUCUACACAAGAGAAGCGCUGGAGGGGAUCGAAAUUGAAUUAAUACAAAAAACACCGUAUUGGCAGCGAAGCCACAAAAGAGAACUGAAGGAUUGGCAUGACGUCGAAGCCAUGGCAGGCGAUGCAGCACGAAGUGGAUUAGGCGAACAUGGGAAACCUGCGUAUAUAACGAAUCUUUCAAAGCGGACGUUAGAGCGUGAAUUAAGCAAGAAGAACGGAUUUAAUGCUUUGCUGUCUGAUAUGAUUUCUGUCAAUCGGUCGUUGCCUGAUAUACGUGAUCAGGGCUGCCAAAAGUUGAAAUAUUUCGCAGAUUUACCCACCGUCAGUAUAGUAAUACCGUUCUACAAUGAACACUUUAGCGCCUUGGUGCGUUCUUUACACAGCAUCAUCAACCGUACACCAGCCGAAUUGAUUAAAGAAAUAAUACUCGUCGAUGAUUUCAGUGAUGUUACUAAUUUGAAAAAACCACUCGACGAGUAUGUGGAGCAAAAUUUUCCUAAAGUGGAAAUUUUACGCUUUCGUAAGCGGCAAGGGCUCAUCGCAGCGCGCCUAGCUGGUGCUGUUAAGGCUGUCGCUGAUGUGCUGGUUUUUAUGGACGCACAUGUGGAGGUCAAUUACAAUUGGUUGCCACCGCUGCUGCAUGAAAUAGUUUUGAACAAACGCACCGCGGUAUGCCCCAUGAUCGAUGUGAUUGAGGACGCUACUUUCGAGUAUACUGCACAAGAUGAGGGUGCACGUGGCGCUUUCGAUUGGAUACUUGACUAUAAACGACUGCCGUUGCUCGAAAGUGCUAAGAAGAAUCGCACAAAACCAUUCGAGAACCCAAUCAUGGCGGGUGGUUUAUUCGCGAUAUCAAGGGAAUGGUUUUGGGAGUUGGACGGUUAUGAUGACGGUUUGGACAUUUGGGGUGGUGAACAGUAUGAGUUGAGUUUUAAGAUUUGGAUGUGUGGUGGUCGUUUAUUGGACGUGCCAUGCUCGCGUGUCGGUCACAUUUUUCGCAGUGAAAAUUGGACUGGCGUAUCGGAAGAUCGCAAAGAAGAUUACUUGCAUAAGAAUUACAAACGCGUUGCGGAGGUGUGGAUGGACGAUUACAAGAACUAUCUAUACAAGCAUGCGCGCGGUGUAUAUGAAAAACUUGAUGCGGGUGAUUUAACGAAGCAACUCGCUUUGCGUGAGAAAUUGCAUUGCAAGUCAUUCAAGUGGUUUAUCGAAAAUGUCGCCUUUGACUUGGUGAAAACAUACCCACCCAAAGGCACCACCGAUUUCGCUUAUGGUCAGGUGAGAAGUGUGGGCGCGCCGAAAUUUUGUCUCGACACCUUAGGCCGACCCGAUUACAGAAUCGUUGGAGUUAAAGAUUGCGAAGCGACAAGCAUAUUCCCAAGUCGGAGACAAGACUGGUCGCUAAGUGAAGACCAUGACCUGCGUAUGCGUGGCGAAGAAUAUUGCCUACAAACGGCUGACCAUAAACCAAAUUCUCAAGUCUUGCUUUAUGAUUGCAGUUAUGGCAAUAAGAAUCAAUUAUGGUAUUACAAUCGUCGGCGUAAGUGGCUGGUUUAUGGUGCAAAAAGACUGUUUUGUCUGGAGGCUCGCCCCGCAUCCAGGCAUGUUGUAGUCAAUAGGUGUCGCACGAAUUUUCCAUUAAUGCAAUGGGACUUUGUUCAUGUUAAUGACACUUUGUUGGAUACCUAUUUCGAAACUAUGCCAUAG